GGAGACAGAACUGCGGGAACCCAAACGCUGGAACGAAAAGAAAAGCUGCAGGCAGCUGCUCGAGAACUUGUCUGAGUCUGACUUGCAUGUGAGAACUGAUCUGGUGGAAAGGAAUCUAAGCCAUCAACAUGGAAUUUGUAAUGAAACAAGCUCUAGGAGGGGCGACCAAAGACAUGGGGAAGAUGCUGGGUGGUGAAGAAGAAAAGGACCCGGAUGCCGCCAAGAAGGAAGAGGAACGGCAGGAGGCCCUUAGGCAGCAAGAGGAAGAGAGGAAAGCAAAAUACGCCAAGAUGGAGGCUGAAAGGGAAAACGUGAGGCAAGGGAUUCGGGACAAGUAUGGGAUCAAGAAGAAGGAGGAAAGGGAAGCAGAGGCCCAAGCUGCUCUGGAAGCCAACGCUGAAGGAAGCCUGACACGUCCAAAGAAGGCCAUCCCUCCCGGCUGCGGCGAUGAGGACGAGGAGGAGGAAGAAAGCAUUCUAGACACCGUUAUCAAAUACCUGCCUGGUCCCCUCCAGGACAUGUUUAAGAAGUAAAGUCCAUGGACAGUUAAGCAAUGGAUUUCUCCUUAAUAAAAUGGGGGAUUUCUACUUGCCACGCAUCACGCCACCUCUUCCCCCUCCCCCCGCCACUACAGCCCCAGUCAUUCAUUCGAAUCCACCCCUUCCCCCACCGACUUCCCAUCCAUUCCUUAUUUUGUACAUACUCACCUUGAGUAGAUGCCUCCAAAUGGAUGUAAAGAUUAACA